GCGGCCGGCUCUCCACUCCCACUUCCUGAGCCCCGCGCUGGAGCCCUGGAGGCCAGGCCCGGCCGCUCCCCGGCCCCCCGGGGGCACGUCGGCCCAGCCGCUGGGCUUGGGAAGUCAUCGCCUUCGCUGCUCAGGACAUCAGGACUUCCCACCUUGCUCCCCGGCCUCCACACGGGUCUGGUCAACUGACCUAGAGGCCGCCAUGCGCCUGCUUGGGGCCUCCUCGCCCUGCGGCCUGGCCUGGGGACCACUCCUGCUGGGCUUCUGCGGGCUGCUGGUCGCAUCUCAGCCCCAGCUGGUGCCCCCAUACCGCCCGGAAAACCAAAGCUGCAGAGACCAAGGCAAGGAAUACUACAAGGCCAAGUACGAGGUCUGCUGCUCCCGCUGCCCUCCAGGCAAGUUUGUCUCUGCUGAAUGCAACAGCAGCCAGGACACAGUUUGUGAGACUUGCCCCCCAAAUUCCUACAAUGAACAUUGGAACCAUCUUUUCAGCUGCCAGCUAUGCCGCCCCUGUGACCCAGUGCUUGGCUUUGAGGAGGUUGCCCCUUGCACCAGCUAUCACAAACCUGAAUGCCGCUGCCGGCCAGGGACGGUCUGUGUCUAUUUGCACAAUGAAUGUAUGCACUGCGAAGAACGUCCAACGUGCCCACCUGGCACAGAAGCCAAAAGUAGAGUUGGGGAUACUGACAUCAGCUGUGUCCCCUGCAAGCCAGGGCACUUCCAGAACUCUUCCUCCUCCAGAGCCAGCUGCCAGCCUCAUACCAGAUGUGAGGACCAGGGCCUGGUGGAGGCAGCUCCAGGUACCCCCAAGUCUGACACCCUCUGUAGAAAUCCACCAGAGCCAGGAACAAUGUUGCUGAUGGCCAUCCUGCUGCCCCUGGUCGUCUUCCUGCUCUUCACUACCAUCCUGGCCUGUGCCUGGAUGAGGCAUCCCUCUCUCUGCAGAAAGCUGGGCACUCUGCUCAAGAAGCAUCCAGAGGUAAUGGAGGCUGAGAAGCCGGGAAGGAGGGGAGGGGAGGGAGAAGAACCCCCCUCCUGUCCCCCUCCAAGAGCCAACCCACAUUUCCUUGACCUGGCAGAGCCACUUCUACCCAUGGCUGCAGACUUGUCACCAGCACCCUCAGGACCCCCAAUAACUCCAGUCUUGGAGGAUGUGGUGCUACAGCAACAGAGCCCUCUGGUCCAGGCCAGGGAUCCAGAGGCUGACCCCGGGGAACAGGGCCAGGUGGCCCAUGGUGCAAACGGCAUUCAUGUCACCGGAGGCUCUGUGACUGUCACUGGCAACAUCUACAUAUAUAAUGGGCCAGUACUGGGGGGAGCACGGGGCCCUGGAGACCCCCCAGCUCCCCCUGAGCCUCCAUACCCCACUCCUGAAGAAGGGGCCCCUGGCCCUUCUGAGCUCUCUACACCCUACCAGGAGGAUGGCAAAGCUUGGCAUCUGGCUGAGACAGAGACACUUGGGUGCCAUGCCCUCUGACAGGACCAAGGAUCCAAUUUGUCACCCAUGCCUGAUGGUAUCUGGGAAAGGCAAGGAGGAGAGAGCAUGGAGCACCUUCUUCCUGAGGCUGCUCCAACCACCAGGACUCAGGCCUGGGUAGGCUCUAAGAGGCAGAGCCCUAAAGGACUGGGCCUCGGACACCUCUUCGAGAGUAGGACUGGGCACUAGCAGGGCACAGUGUCCACCCCAGGACCCUCACCACUGGCUGAGGUGGUGAGCUAGCCUGAGACUUCAUUGCCAACCUGCCUGCAUCCUAGGGCUACAGCCAUUCAGCAUCAGGCACAGGCCGGGCUUAUGACUCUAGCUGCUGUCCACAUGGCCCUCUGCACCCUGAACAUGGCAAAGAUGGUCACACGGUCACUUGUAAGGAUAUCACCGGGACCUCUCAAGGCUUUGUGAUACUCAUCCCCAACCUUCAGAGGCCCUGAGGGUUUAUACCACAUGGACCGAGGUAGACCCUAGGUGAAGAUGUGGAGGAUCAUCCCUCCCUCACUCCUCGGGGAGAAGAUAAUGAGACGGUGAGAAUGGGGGUUUGGGUAGGGUUACCAGGUUUCAGGGAAGGGGAAGAAAAUGGCAAGUAUAUUUAUAAAUUGUAACCACACGAAAAUAAAGACAAGAUUGAGAUCCUUUA